GAGGUUAAAAAAAGAGUUAUUUAAAAAAAAAAACACAAUAUUUUAAUUAAAUAAUAAAUUAACUCCAUUCAUACUUUUUCGCCCUGUGUGCUCCAUAAAUUAUUUGUUUGUCAUACGUAAUGAUUAUUGUGCUUGCAGCCCUAUAAAUCGCGUUUUCAGAAGGUGAAUGAUGGCCGAGGAACUUUCCAAUGGAGAUAUUUGCAGGGUGUGUAGAUCGGAAGGCGGCUCGGACAGACCCCUUUUCCAUCCCUGUAUAUGUACUGGUAGUAUCAAGUGGAUCCAUCAAGAAUGUCUUGUGCAAUGGAUGAGGUACUCAAGAAAAGAAUAUUGUGAACUAUGCGGGCACAAAUUCUCAUUCACGCCAAUUUACUCGCCUGACAUGCCCAGAAGACUCCCAGUAAAAGAUCUGAUCUCUGGUCUACUCUCAUCAGUAGCCACUGCUGUGAAAUAUUGGCUGCAUUACACCUUGGUGGCCAUAGCUUGGCUCGGACUUGUUCCUUUGACAGCUUGUAGGAUUUAUAGGGCUCUCUUCGCAGGUACAGUGGAUGCCAUCCUCACACUACCAUUUGAAAUGUUGUCCAGCGAAAAUAUUGCAGGGGAUAUAUUUCAGGGCUGUUUGGUCGUGUGCUGCACUUUGUUUGCUUUUGCUGGCCUCGUAUGGCUUAGAGAGCAAAUUUUACAUGGAGGAGGUCCUGAUUGGUUGCAAAGGGACGACAUAGUUCCUGCAGCCGGCGACAAUCCAGCUCUUGUUCUGCAUAAUAUUCCAGAAGAAAUGCAAGAUAACGAAGAAGAUAACGUUCCAGUUGCUGAACAAGAGCCGAUCCAAGAGAACGCAGAUCAACAAGAUCAGGAAGGCAACGUCGGGGAAGACAAUAACUGGAUCCCCAUGGAAUGGGACCGGGCAGUCGAAGAAAUCACUUGGGAACGUCUUUUAGGCUUGGACGGUUCUCUAAUGUUCUUGGAACACGUUUUUUGGGUCAUUAGCUUGAACACGCUCUUCAUUAUCAUAUUCGCUUACGCUCCCUACCACAUGGGCGUCAUCACUUUAAAUUUGUUUAAUUUAGAAGAAUACGCAUCUGAGAGCCAUUUUGAGGGACUUUUAACUACUCUUGUCGGUUAUAACACUGUUGGCUUAUUAUUUUUAAUUUUACAUCGAAUAUCCGCCUGGCUAGGAUUAUUUACAGCCAAAAGAGUCCUGGGGCUGUGUUAUGUUGUCGUCAAAGUGUCCAUGCUUUCUGUAAUAGAAAUCGGAAUUAUUCCUUUGGUUUGUGGUUGGUGGUUGGACGUUUGCUCCUUGAACAUGUUUGAAGCUACUUUAAAAGACCGUGAGCAGAGUUUUAGAGGAGCUCCAGGCACUUCCAUAUUUCUUCACUGGCUCAUUGGAAUGGUUUACGUCUAUUAUUUCGCCUCCUUUAUAUUAUUGCUAAGGGAAAUUGUCCGGCCGGGUGUUUUAUGGUUUCUAAGAAACUUUAACGAUCCAGACUUUAGUCCAAUACAAGAAAUGAUUCAUUUACCAAUAUUGGAGCACAUAAGGAAACUUAUAGUUUCCGCAGUAAUAUUCGGAAGUGCCGUGCUAUUAAUGUUGUGGCUUCCCAUUAAAAUAAUCCGACUUAUUUUGCCGACAUUCCUUCCCUACAUCGUUUCCCUGAACAAUGAAAGUCAAGUGAAUGAGCUCAGUUUAGAGCUCCUGCUACUCCAAGUCAUAUUGCCAGCAUUAUUGGAGCAAUCCCACACUAGGGUCUGGUUGAAAUCCAUUGUACGAUGGUGGUGUAAAGUGAUCGCCUGGGUGUUGGAUUUGCAUUCGUAUUUAUUGGGCGAUCAGGUGGAGGACAAUGCAAGAAACGACGGAGAGAGGCAAGGAAAUGGUGUCGGGGAUGCUGCCGCUGGUAAUUUGGGUGCUGUGCAUCAGGCUCUGUUUUUGAUGGAACCGCCAACAGGUUACCAACCUUACCAACGCCCCAAGUUCUUCCAUGCACGCCUCAUCUCGCUCCUAGUAACCGUCUGCUGGUCCCUGGUACUCUUCUCAGUUGUGGCUCUGACCGUACCGGUAUGGCUGGGCCGCCGAGUGAUGGCUUUAUGGUUAGUUGGUGCCCCGCCCCCAGGUCCACAAAUCUCCGCCUCCGAAGCCAAGACCGAAGUCAAAGUGCACGAACUGUACACGGCCGCUUGCGGUUUGUAUUUGUGCUGGUUGGCAGCCCGAGCUGUCACUUUAGUAUUGGGCUGGUUGCCCCAAGGACGUGCUGCUAUGAUGGACCGUUUGAAACAGUGGGGACUUUUGGGUUUGAAAACUAUUGCCGCUAGCGCGUUGCUUUUGGGCGUGGUCCCGCUAUUAUUUGGGUUGCUACUCGAACUAGUUGUAAUAAUUCCUUUGAGGGUUCCGAUACAUCAAACGCCUAUAUUGUUUAUAUGGCAAGAUUGGGCUCUUGGAGUGUUGUAUACGAAAAUAGCUUGCGCAGUUACUAUGAUGGGUCCCGAUUGGUUCCUGCGAGCUGCGAUCGAAAGAGCUUACAGAGACGGCAUCAGAGAUAUGAAUUUGACGUUCAUCUUCAAGGAAUUGGCGUUUCCAGUUAUAAUUUGUUUCGGAUUCGCUUUGGCCGUACCAUACGUUUUGGCUUAUUCCUUUGUACCGAUAUUCGUGACGAAUUUGCAAGUGCGAAAUUUAGUCGCGCGGCGAUUGUAUCCGUUUUUGUUGCUCGUAGCGACAGUCAAUAUAAUUAUAGUGUUGCAAAUCAGGCAAUUCAAAAGGUUGUACGAGCACAUUAAGAAUGACAAGUAUUUGGUGGGACAACGGCUGGUCAAUUACGAUCAUCGGAGGGCCAGAACGCAAACUCCCGCUACUUAAACUACCUUAUUUUUUGUUUAUAUUUAUGAGUUUUAAUAAAAUUCGUUUGUUAACUUAUUUGACUAUGAGGGAUUUCUGCUUGCAACCUUGGAAAGUUUUAUGGUUUAUUUUUUAAUUAUUAAUUAGUGAAUGGACUUCUUAAAACGACUCACCUGGAGUUUUAAUUGGUAUCAAAUAAAUCAAACUUCAACUAAAUUAUAUUCUUAAUAAUUAUCGUAAUAGAGUUUAAAUAAACUUAAUGUUAUAUACAGGGUGUGUCUUUUUAUUAUUGUAAUUAAUGUGUUUUCAACUUGUGCACUCUAUAUUUUUGAUUUUUAUUAUUUCAAGUGUUUCUGUGAUAAACAUUAGUUGGACAUUAUAUUUAUGAUUAUUACUGGGUUUGUGUAUUCUAAAAUAGUUUUUUUUUUUUUUGAAGUGUAUCUAUUGAGUACUUUAUAUUGUGCAACACUUUUCCCAUUAUUAUUAUUAUAUUAUUAAGUGAGUAGUGGUUUAUAACAAUGAUUAUUAUUGGAUA